AUGUCUCGGGUAGGCGUUUUGGUGAUGGGCCCUGCUGGUGCGGGGAAGAGUACGUUUUGUAAUGAGAUCAUUUCACAUAUGCAAACUAUAGGACGCAGAGCACAUAUUGUCAACUUAGAUCCCGCAGCAGAGCCUAACAAAUACGAAUUCACAGUUGAUAUUAGGGACCUGAUAUCACUGGACGAUGUGAUGGAUGAACUUGAUUUGGGCCCCAAUGGUGCUUUAAUAUAUUGUUUUGAGUACUUGAUGAAAAACUUGGACUGGCUGGAUGAAGAAAUUGGAGAUUAUAAUGAUGAAUAUUUAAUCUUCGACUGUCCCGGCCAAAUCGAACUGUACACUCAUAUUCCAGUAUUGCCUAAUAUCGUGCGCCAUUUGCAGAACCAAUUGAAUUUCAAUCUAUGCGCUACGUAUCUUAUGGAAGCGUCAUUCAUAGUGGACAAUUCUAAAUAUUUCAGUGGAGCCCUGUGUGCGAUGUCAGCAAUGAUAUUGCUGGAGUUGCCGCAUAUCAAUGUUCUGAGCAAAAUAGACAUGAUAAAGGACAGUGUUAACAGAAAAAAGUUGAAGAGAUUCUUGAAUCCAGAUCCUCUUUUGCUAGCAGAUGAAACGAAUGAAGAGACUAAUCCAAGAUUCAAGUACCUCAACCAAUGCAUAGCCAAUCUUGUUGACGACUUUGGAAUGGUUCAGUUUUUACCUCUCGAGGCAAAAAAUCCAGACAGUAUCUCAACAAUUCUUUCGUAUGUCGACGAUGUUACACAAUGGGCAGAGGCUCAGGAACAAAAGGAACCUAAUGAUCAAAUAGAAAUAGAAGAUAUGUAA